CUUUUUUUUUUUUUUCUCUUUUUCCUUUUGGGUGAGCGCGCUCGAAAAUUUAACAUUUGAGGUGUCCUGCGCGGUGGGAGCACACGCAGCGGAUCAUCAUCAGUCAUUCACCACCUUGACAACCUCGCCUGUGAUUGACAGCCGGAGUGGCAAAAAGCCAUGAGACUUGGUAGUUGGGUUUGAGGGGCACUUUAAAAAAAAAAAAAAAAAAAGGAAAGAGAGGAAAAAAAAAAAAACCUGAUUUGGGGAAAGGAUAUUUGCUUUCGCCCCGCUGCUGUCUUGGAAACGAGAGGGAGAGUAAGAGGGAGAGACAGGGAGAGAGGAAAGAAAGAAAGAAAAAAGAAGGAAGGAAGGAAGGAGGGAGAGUUGAUUUUUUUUUCCUUCUUCUAUUUUUUUUUUGCCUCCUUUUUUAAUGCUGAGUUACCGUAUCGCUUCGCUGAGAUCCAGCAAGCCGAAGAUUUUACUCGAUUGCUUCCAUUGCUGGCGACGCUAAGGGAUUUUUGCAUUUUUUGGGGGGGUGAGGGGGGGGGAACUUCGCGUUUCUUUCUUUUCACACUGGCCUUAAAGAGGAUAUAUUAGAAGUUGAAGUAGGAAGGGAGCAAGCAGGCCGAUGGCGCAAAGGUACGACGAGCUGCCCCACUACGGCGGCAUGGAGGGGGUGGGCAUCCCCACCACCAUGUACGGGGACCCCCACGGCGCCCGCCCCAUGCAGCCUGUCCACCACCUCAACCAUGGGCCGCCGCUCCACUCGCACCAGUAUCCGCACGCCGCGCACGCCAACGCCAUGCCCCCCGCCAUGGGCGCCUCCGUCAACGACGCCCUCAAGAGAGAUAAAGAUGCCAUCUACGGACACCCCCUGUUCCCUCUUUUAGCACUGAUUUUUGAGAAAUGUGAAUUAGCUACAUGCACACCCAGGGAGCCCGGGGUAGCGGGAGGCGAUGUUUGCUCCUCUGAGUCUUUCAAUGAAGACAUAGCAGUGUUCGCCAAACAGAUCCGAGCAGAGAAACCCCUCUUUUCCUCUAAUCCUGAACUGGAUAACUUGAUGAUUCAAGCCAUACAAGUAUUAAGGUUUCAUCUGUUGGAAUUAGAGAAGGUACACGAAUUAUGUGACAAUUUCUGCCACCGGUAUAUUAGCUGUUUGAAAGGAAAAAUGCCUAUCGAUUUGGUCAUAGACGAUAGAGAGGGCGGAUCAAAAUCGGACAGUGAAGACAUAACAAGAUCAGCAAAUCUAACAGAUCAGCCCUCCUGGAACAGAGACCACGAUGAUACGGCAUCAACGCGCUCUGGGGGAACCCCCGGACCUUCCAGCGGGGGACACACAUCGCACAGCGGGGACAACAGCAGUGAGCAAGGUGACGGCUUGGACAACAGUGUAGCUUCCCCCAGCACAGGUGAUGAUGAUGAUCCAGAUAAGGACAAAAAGCGACAUAAAAAGCGUGGCAUCUUUCCCAAAGUAGCCACAAAUAUCAUGAGGGCAUGGCUGUUCCAGCAUCUAACACACCCUUACCCUUCAGAAGAACAGAAAAAGCAGUUGGCACAAGACACGGGGCUCACUAUACUUCAAGUGAACAAUUGGUUUAUUAAUGCUAGAAGAAGAAUAGUUCAGCCCAUGAUAGACCAGUCCAAUCGAGCAGUAAGUCAAGGCACACCCUAUAACCCCGACGGGCAGCCGAUGGGAGGUUUUGUGAUGGACGGCCAGCAGCACAUGGGCAUCCGAGCACCAGGACCUAUGAGUGGAAUGGGCAUGAAUAUGGGCAUGGAGGGGCAGUGGCACUACAUGUAACCUUCACCUAGGUAACCAAUGGCAAAGCCAGGGGGAAGGCUGCAAAGUAUGCCAGGGGACUAUGUGUCUCGGGGUAGUCCAAUGGGUAUGAAUAUGGGACAGCCAAGCUAUACCCCACCCCAGAUGCCCCCUCAUCCCGCUCAGCUGCGUCAUGGCCCCCCCAUGCAUACCUACAUUCCUGGACACCCUCACCACCCAGCGAUGAUGAUGCAUGGAGGACCACCCCACCCUGGAAUGCCCAUGUCAGCAUCAAGCCCCACAAUGCUUCAUACCGGCGAGCCGGCAGUGAGCGGACAAGUGAUGGACAUUCAUGCUCAGUAGCUUAAGGGAAAUACACGUUGUCUGCAGCAACGGUAGAUUUCAAACAUUGUCUUUCUGCAAUGACUAUGGAGUUCUUGGCUUCAACUUUGGACCAAGGGACGUUCCGAUUCUUCACAGGGACCCUGAAAAGCAGGAAAACACCAACCGAAGUCAACUUCUGGGGACAUGCUAAAUACCUAUAUAAGACAUUAAGAGAACAAAGAGUGAAAUAUUGUAAAAUGCUAUUAUACUGUUAUCCAUAUUACGUUGUUUCUUAUAGAUUUUUUAAAAAAAAUGUGAAAUUUUUCCACACUAUGUGUGUUGUUUCCAUAGCUCUUCACUUCCUCCAGAAGCCUCCUUACAUUGAAAAAGAAGCCUUACACUUAUCCUGCAAAUGACAGAAAGGGCUUAUUUGCAGGAUUUUUAGAGCAUUAAAAUAACUAUGUCAGGCAGAAGAAUCUUUCUUCUAUCCUAGGAUUUCAGCCAUGCACACUCUCUCUCUCCCCCCUCUCUCCUCUCUCUCUUUCUUCCCUUUCUCUCCUUUUCUCCCUGUCUCUCUCCCUCUCUCUCUUUCUAGCCUGGGGCGUGAAUUUGCAUGUCUAAUUCAUUUACUCACCAUAUUUGAAUUGGCCUGAACAGAUGUAAAUCGGGAAGGAUGGGAAAAACUGCAGUCAUCAACAAUGAUUAAUCAGCUGUUGCAGGCAGUGUCUUAAGGAGACUGGUAGGAGGAAGCAUGGAAACGGAAAGGCAGUGUAUUUGAAGCCUAAUUGUCACAUCAGAGCAUCCUUGUCCCCAUGCAGCAACCACCACCUUGUACAUCACUUCCUGUUUUAUGCAGCUCGAAACAUGGACUGAAGAUUUAUUUUUAAUAUGUUGACUUUCUUUCUGGGCAAGACAUCGGUCAUGUGUGCAUUUUUUUUUCCCCAUAGUCCCAUCAUGGAGCAUUUAUGUAUACAUUGUAAAUAAAUUUUGUGCAAAAAGGACUGGAAAAAUGAUCUGUAUUAUUGCAAUUUUUUGUAAAAGUAGCAGUUUGGUAUGAGUUGGCAUGCAUACAGAUUUACUAAGUGGGAUAAGCUAAUUAUACUUUUGUUGUGGUUAAACAAAUGCUUGUUGAUAGCCUUUUUCUAUCAAGAAACCAAGGAGCUAAUUAUUAUUAAUAAUAAUCAUUGCACACUGAGUCUUAGAGUUUCUGAUUGAAACAGUUUGGAUUGUAUAAUAACUCAAAGCCCAGUUGUAGUAGUUUGAGUGCAGUAAUGAAAUCUGAAUCUAAAAUAAAAACAAAUUAUUUUUUGUC